UUUUAUUCGAGUAGUGAGGAGGUUUUCGACAAGUAGAAAGUGGAUGAUGUUAAAGUUGGCCUGAGAAAAGAGAAUUUAAAGUUUUCGGCGACAACCCCCAAAUUUCUACCAUUAGAAAGACAAUAUCAACACGAUGAAGCUCGCCGGGCAUGCCACGGCGUGGAUCCCAAUCGCCAUUUCAUUGUUAAUUUUGAUGGCUGCAUCAGUUGGUAUGUCAGCUCCAACUCACCUACGGCUGCCGGCGUCCGGCAGCAAUAAUUAUUUGACCACCGAAGAGCACUGGCUCGAUCAAACUCUCGAUCACUUCUCUCCUUACACCAGGUUCGAUGUAUGCUCCACCUGUAACUCGGUCUCUGUUAACCUGCAGGCUGCAAUUCUCCGGGAGGAUCACCGUCAAUUCAAGCAACGCUACUAUGAAUAUCUUGAUCAUUUCAGAGUCCCUGAUGGGCCCAUAUUUCUUAAGAUAUGUGGAGAAUCUACUUGCAAUGGGAUUGUCAAUGACUAUGUGGGCGUUUUGGCGAAGAAAUUUGGAGCAGCUGUGGUUUCUCCUGAGCAUCGUUAUUAUGGAAAGAGUUCCCCCUUUCAGUCAUUGACAACAAAGAAUCUGAGAUAUCUGUCAUCAAAACAAGCUCUCUUUGAUUUAGCUGUUUUCAGAAAGUAUUAUCAGGCAAGUACAGAUAUAAUCCUAUGUACUCUUUUGACUGGAAGUGAGGAUUCCUUAAACACAAAGCUCAACAGAUCAAAUAUUGAUAAUCCAUGGUUUAUCUUUGGUGUUUCAUACGCCGGAGCCCUCAGCGCAUGGUUUCGCCUGAAGUUUCCUCACCUUACUUGUGGAAGUCUUGCAAGUUCUGCAGUUGUCCUUGCUGUUUACAACUUCACAGAAUUUGAUAAGCAGAUAGGUGAAUCUGCAGGUCCCGAAUGUAAAGCUGUGUUGCAAGAAAUUACUCAACUUGUUGAUCAGAAACUUGGAUCUAAUGAAAAAGCACUCAAAAAUUUAUUUAGUGCAGCCGAGCUGAAAAAUGAUGGUGAUUUUAUGUAUUUUCUGGCGGAUGCUGCAGUUACAGCGUUUCAAUAUGGAAAUCCGGAUAAGCUUUGCAUCCCUCUUGUUGAAGCAAAGAAAGCUGGGAACGAUUUAGUAGAAGCAUAUGCCACGUAUGUGAAGGAGUAUUAUAUCAAAAGUUUUGGUGUUAGUGUUGAAACAUACAAUCAAGAACAUCUGAAGAAUACUACAUUAGCCAGUGGUACUUCUGAUCGAUUAUGGUGGUUCCAAGUCUGUACAGAAGUGGCAUAUUUCCAAGUUGCACCUUCAAAUGAUAGUAUCCGCUCAUCAAAAGUUGAUACCAGUUAUCAUUUGGACCUCUGCAAGAAUGUUUUUGGGGAAGGUAUCUAUCCUGAUGUUACAGCGACUAAUAUAUACUAUGGAGGCACAAAAAUCGCUGUGCCUUCAUACAUCAUGACAUGUCAUAACUGUGGCCAUGGAGCUGACAUUCGUGGUUGCCCCCAAUCUCCUUUGGCUCCAGAAGGUGAUGCCAAGAAUUGUAGCUCCCCAGAAGCAGUCAACAAAGUAAGGCAGCAUAUUAUUGCACAAAUCGAUCUUUGGCUGUCCGAGUGUCAGAAUUCAGGCAGAAGUUCCAUUUAAUGAGACCGGAAUCAGCACACAAAAAAAAUUAAAAUAAAAAGUAUAUUGCUGAACUUGAUUUGACUGACCACCAAUCAUAACAAGUUCAGGAGAUGUGAAUGGUUGUAUGGUUAGGUUUUAAGGUACAAAAAAUAAAAAUAGUUAACGCUAAUCUGCAUAAGCUAUUUUGUAUUAUAUUACAACUCACAUUGUAUGAAAACUGAGACAAUCAAGACUAUUGUAUAGAUCACAUUUUAACUAUAUCUCGUAACAGUCUGUGCAAUGGGGAAAUUUCAUUUUGAGUGCCAAAUGGUAUAUUUUCAGGUUUGUAACCCAACUUUUGGGCACUUAUUAUGGUGUGAUUCGAUAUGAUAAUAUUAAAUUUUGUCUGGUGGGUCAAGAUUUUAUUUCAG